AUGAGUUCUACUUAUAGUACCCAAACGUUAAAUAAAAAUAUUACGCCUGAUAAGCGUGUUCGACCUCUUAUUCCUCUUAAAACUCACUUAUCUAAUCUUCUUGAUAGAACAAAAAUUCAUGCUGUCUCUUUAGAUUAUGAAUAUAAUUCUACUUCAAAAAAUUUAGUUUUGGAACGAAUGCAAUGUCGUCAUGGUCUGGUAGCUGCUAUCCUUCAAGCUUACAAUGGUCAUCAACAUUUGCUUCUCUCUCCUGAUGAUAUUUGGCUUACAAUUUCACAGGGUAUCAGUCAACACAUUUAUUUUAGUACUGACAAAUGUAAAGAUAGAUUUUAUAAAAAGAAAAGAAUUACGAUAUUUAAUGAAAGUAUUUUGAGUGUCGAUCCAGAAACGAAAUGUCUUGUAGGUGAUUGGCCCGAAUGCAUUCGUCAAUUCAUUACCUCAACUGACAAACAAAUAAAAAAACUCGAAUUACAAUCUUUAUUAAAUUGUAAUUUUUCUACUAGUACUCAAAGUUCUAUUAUUUCUAGUAGAGUUGUUUUAUUAAAUUCUGCCAGUAAUUAUUAUCCUUAUAACAUUCACGUUUUCUGUGGAAUUCCAAAAGUUACUUUAACGGGAACAUUAAAUGAUUGGCUAUGUAUUCAAGAAAAGUUAGUUCAACUUCGAAAAUUUUCACUUGGUUUAAAUCCUUGGUUUGACCUUCUUGAUCCAAUUAUCUCUAAAUUUAUUGAAACUUAUCGUGGUGAAGUUGAUGAAGAAUUUUGGAAAGGAAUUGCUAGAGAAGAUUAUGGAUGUGGUGGACCACCAGAAUUAACAGGUUGGGUAACAGCAUUUUUUCCUUACGAUAGUUUUGGAAAUGUAAUUGAUGAUUGGCUUGAUGAAGCGAAAUUACCUGAAGGAAGAGUUUAUAUUCCAUUUGAUGUUGAAAGUGGUCAAAAAAUGAAAUUUGUAUCAGGAUUUUUGGGUGUAAAUCAAAGAGUUAUUGAAAAUUCUGAUGGGGAAGUUGUAGUUUCACCUUUAAUUGGUUGGGCAGUUAUUGAUGAAAGUAAAGUUUCAUUUGAUGCACGUAAACAAUAUAGACAUAUUUUAUGGUAA